CGUUUUCCAAGAUUUUUCAAUUCUCCAAGCAUCACUAGAAUUUCUUUUAAAAUCACAACUUCAAAAAAAUCUCACCGAACAAAUUCAAGAAAGAUUUGAAUAUAUACAUAACCGGAACUUGAAGCAAAUGCACACAUACGCAAUAUUGCACCUUUCGAUUAAUCAGUGAAUGCCCUUUUCUAUUCUGUUUCUGUAUUUUGGCCGAACCCCACUUGUAACUGGAAACACAGAAUCAGAACAGGAGGAAGGUAACUUUAUUGGACAGAUCCAAGCUAAUAUCAAGAAGUUGUUCAUUUCCCGCAAUUUGGAAGCUUUUAUCCUCUCAGCGUUGUUUAUUUGAAGAAGUAUAGUAUCAAUGGUUAAAGAUGCUUAUAGUGAUGAAUUAUCUCAUCGUAAACAUGGGCUCUUGAAAGAUCAAGUUCAGUUAGUAAAGAGGAAGGACUCGGACCGCUAUGAGGUCUCCCCAAUUCCUGAUAAUUUGUCUUUCGAGAAAGGUUUCUUCGCCGUUGUUCGCGCUUGCCAGUUGUUGGCACAAAAAAAUGAAGGAAUCGUAUUAAUAGGAGUAGCAGGUCCUUCUGGAGCUGGCAAGACUGUGUUUACUGAGAAGAUACUUAACUUUAUGCCAAGCAUUGCUAUCAUUUCAAUGGACAACUACAAUGAUGCAAGUCGAAUUAUAGAUGGAAACUUUGAUGAUCCACGCUUGACAGACUACGACACUUUGCUGAAAAACAUUCGUGAUCUCAAGGACGGGAAGCAAGUUGAUGUCCCAAUAUAUGAUUUCAAGUCCAGCUCUCGCACGGGAUACAGGGCUGUUGAAGUUCCAAGCUCUCGCAUUGUGAUUAUAGAGGGCAUCUAUGCUUUAAGUGAAAAACUUCGCCCUUUUUUGGAUCUCCGGGUGUCUGUGACCGGUGGCGUUCACUUUGAUCUUGUUAAAAGAGUUUUACGAGACAUUCAACGUGCUGGACAGGAACCAGAAGAAAUAAUACACCAAAUAUCUGAAACAGUGUAUCCAAUGUAUAAGGCUUUUAUUGAGCCUGACCUCCGCACUGCACAUAUAAAAAUUAUCAACAAAUUUAACCCAUUUACUGGAUUCCAGUGCCCCACUUAUAUACUUAAGUCUAGGAAAAAUGUGACUGAGGAAGAAAUCAAAGCCGUUAUGUCCAAAGAUCAUACAGAAAUCACCGAACAGACUUACGACAUAUAUCUUCUACCUCCUGGUGAAGAUCCAGAGACCUGCCAAUCUUACCUGAGGAUGCGCAAUAAAGAUGGACAGUAUAAUCUCAUGUUUGAGGAAUGGGUCACUGACUCUCCAUUCGUCAUAUCGCCAAGAAUAACAUUUGAAGUUAGUGUACGGCUCCUCGGUGGAUUAAUGGCUUUGGGAUACACAAUCGCAUCCAUUCUCAAACGUAGUAGCCAUGUCUUUUGCGAUGAAAGGGUCUGUGUAAAGAUCGAUUGGCUGGAGCAGUUAAAUCGUCAUUAUCUUCAGGUACAAGGUAGAGACCGCCUUAUUGUAAAAAGUGUGGCAGAUCAACUAGGGUUGAGUGGUUCAUACGUUCCAAGAACAUAUAUUGAACAAAUACAGCUGGAGAAACUUGUUAACGAGGUUAUGGCGUUGCCAGAUGAUUUGAAGACCAAGCUGAGCUUAGAUGAGGACUGUGCCUCGAGCCCAAAAGAAGCACUUUCUCGAGCCUCAGCAGAAAGGGCAGCAGCAAGAACGAAACAUCUUAGGAGUGGCUUGUCGCAUUCAUAUACAUCAAACGGGGACAGAAACUUGUCCAAAAUUAACAGAAGAUUUCAGGAUAGGACAGCAGACCCACAAACGACCCUAACCAAUCAGGGAGCAGCGGCACAGCUUUCAGAACAGAUUUCUACCCUGAACGACCGGAUGGAUGAUUUUACAUCUCGUGUUGAAGAGCUAAAUUCCAAGUUGAUUAACAAGAAACCUUCGCCUAGUUCACAAAACUUAACACAAGCCGAAGUCCUUAAUGGCUCAGCUCCGACUUCAUACUUCAUUUCCGGGUUAGAGAAUGGAUCGCUAACUGGAUCCAUGAUGCCUAAUUCUCUGUCUUCGUCUCAGUUAGCAAAAGAUACGUCUUUUCUUGAUGAGAUUACAAGUAUAGCUCGAGGGCAACGCCAAGUAAUCCUUCAGUUAGAGAGCCUCAGCAGUCUUCUGCGUGAAAGUCUGGGAGAGAGGCCGGGUCGUGACAGAAGGCGCAGCAGAGGUGACAUUACAGGUAACAGUUCAAGUAAAGUAGUCACGAUUUUGGCUUCAGUGGGAGUUUGUGGUCUGGGAAUAUGUUUGUUCAAGGGCCUUUCUUCAGUAUAAACUGUCCGACUAAUUUGAAUUUGACAUGCACAUUUUAGUUCGUCGUUCAUGUCACUCGAUUUAGUGAUCUUUAUUGAUUUCCCACUCUGAUUUAUCUGUAAAUGCCCACCCUUCUUCUCGGGAUUAUAGAUAUCGGUGCUUUUGGCUCGUUUGGAGGCGCAUCUCGCCUCCAGGGUCUAGAAAUUGAGUUAUGUAAUAACUGAAGGGUGUGGAAUAGCAAAUUUUGUAGUUGUAUGGGAUA